AAUCAGGAUUAUAGAUCAAUGUACAAAUCCAAUAUUUAAGACAGUCAGUGGUAAGAUGAGCAUCAGGAGUGAGGCCAUGUCAGACAGUCAGUCUGACUGUACAGGAAGGGGCAGCUCUUUAGGCAGUAGGGAAGAUUUAAGUGAACUGGCUGCUUCACUUGGUCUAACCUCCGCAGAACUUUCACAAGAUAGAUUUAGAGUCGACAGAAAGAGGCUGGAAGCUCUUAUUUUCGGAAAUGAAAAUGUUCCUGAAGCAGCUCAAAAAUUUUUUGACCAUGUUAUGCAAGAAACUAAAACCCAUGUUACUUGGCCUUCUAGACUGAAACUUGGUGCUAAAUCCAAGAAAGAUCCUCACAUUAGAGUUAUUGGACGUGCCGAGAAUGUAAAAGUUGCAAGAGAAAAAAUUCUUGCUUCUCUUGACACAAGAGCCAGUCGUGUUAAUAUGAAAAUUGAUGUUAGCUACACUGAUCACUCCCACAUUAUCGGCAAAGGGGGACUGACAAUCAGAAGAGUAAUGGAGGAAACUGGCUGCCACAUUCAUUUUCCAGAUUCAAAUAGAAGUAAUCCAACAGAAAAAAGUAAUCAAGUUUCAAUAGCAGGUGAAGUAGCAGGAGUUGAAAAAGCUAGAGCAAGAGUUCGAGAAUUAACACCACUGAUAUUUUGUUUUGAGCUGCCUAUUCUUGGUGCUUUGGCGUUAUCACCUGAUCCGUCAUCUCCAUACAUCAAAUCAUUGCAAGAACAGUAUAAUGUUCAGGUCAUGUUUCGGACAAGGCAAAAAUUAAAUUCAACUUUGGUGGUUGUAAAAGGAUGUGAAUGGGAAGUAGCUAGAGUAAAGGAAGCAACACAGCUCCUUAUUUCACACAUGUGUGACUCCCUAGCUAAUCAGGUUUCAGUCCAUAUGAUGGUUGAAAUUUCUCCUCAGCACCAUAGUAUUGUUCUUGGAAGAAAUAACGAAAACCUGAAAGGAAUAAUGCAAAGAACAUCUACACAGAUUAUUUUCCUUGACCCAACAGACCCAAAUAUUCCUUCAUUGAAAAAAAGUAAUGUAACUAUAACUGGGUCCAUUCACAAUGUCUACAUAGCUCGCCAGCAACUCAUUGGUUCUCUACCAAUAGUGUUAAUGUUUGAUGUACCUGAAAACUCAGUUGAUAUUGAUACUGAUUUAAAUGCUCAAAUCAUGAGUAAAUUUGACGUUUUAAUAACUACAAGGCACAAACCAAAACAAAACAUUCUUUCAUUCAUUAUAAAAGGAAUUGAAAGAAACGUCAACAAUGUUUAUGAAGCACGAAGAAAACUUCUCAGUUCAAACGAGAAUCCAGUGGAAGUAAACAUACCUUUAUCAUAUUUUAUCCCUAAUCCUGGACCUAUUUUCAAAUCAGCAUGGAGAACCAACAACAAUGACUCAGUCGUGUACCCAAAUCUUUCGCCACCUCCGAUAGUUCCUAUGCUUGGGCGACCAGAAGCUUGGCAUCCCGUAAUGCAAUUCCAAUUGCUUCCGCAUAUCUCCUAUCACCAGCCCCCUAUUUUAUCACCUCAUAGUGUACAUCUUGAUCGACUGGCUCAGGCUCAUUUUUCAUAUAGCUCACUAUCUUUACCAGAUAUCCCAGCUGUAUAUUCAUCUCUAAGUAGCAAUACUAGUACAAUAUCGAGCCCAAGCGCAAGCCCUCGAACUGUGUCUCCUGUACCACAUGCUGCUACACCAGAUCAAACCAAGACAACAACGUUUAGCAACAGCAACACAGAGACGAAAGCUCCUGGCUUUGAUAGACCUCUUCUUACUCCAGAAGAAUUUCAGAAGAUGAAAAUACAAGCAUUGCAAGCUAUGCAAAGGCCUCCAAGACCAAGUGACAUUAGGAAUCCAAAUUCUAUAUGGUCUGGUUAUGGAUUCAGCCAAUCCAAUCCUAAUUAUACCCUCAGUGAUCAAAAAAACCUAGAAGAAGAAAAACUUACUCAGGUUGAGAAAAGUAAUUGGUAUCCUUCCAGUCACUACGGACUAGAUUUGAGUUCUAGUAACUCUUGUUCUCCAGAUAUGGCAUUUUCAUCUUCUAAUUAUUUUGACUCUGUAUCUUCUACCACUCUGUCUAAUUUAUCCAAUUCUAGCUUUAAGGAUCUCCACACUCUGUUAGCUGUCAUAGGUCUGGAAAAGUACUCAAGAUUAUUUCAAUCAAAUGAAAUUGACAUAACGACAUUUAGAACUUUGACUGACUCAGAUUUGAAAGAAAUUGGAAUAACGGCAUUUGGGGCAAGACGUAAAAUUUUGCUAAGUAUUGCUGAACUUAACAGAAGACAGAGGAGUCCAUUCCGUGGGAGUGCUGCUCCGGGAGCAGAAAGAAGGAGCUCCUCGACUAAUAGUUUAGAUGACAAAUGGUCUUGAAAAAAUGUUUAAACUAGUCAUUGUAGCAUAAAGCCUGCAUGAAAAAUAUUAGGUUUUAAAAUUUAUAUUUUUGUAACUAAAGAUUUUCAACUAACUUUGGUAGUAGUAGGAAUAAAAAGCAAUUAGAUACUUAAAUAACUUUACGGCCAUUUAUCAAAUGAAAAUAUGAAGCAUGUAUAUUUCAAACAUUGCAUGCUAUUUUUCAGAUUAUAUUCUUAUGAACUAACAAAGUAACAUACCGAUUUUUCCGAAUUAAAAAAUAAAAAAAUAUAAAAAAAAUUAAAAAACUUCAUUUUAUAAAUUGUAUUGUACCAAUUUAAAAUAAUGAUGAGAACAUUUUCAAAUUAACUUGAGAUCCUUUAUACAAGCUUUUCAUUCAAUUUAAAAUUGAUGAUUUCGCCAUCAAAAUUUAUUUGUUAUAAGUUGUUAGUUCUACUAGCUUGUCUUUAGGAAUUGCAUGUUAAAAUUUUAUGUUUGUAAUAUUUAAUAUUUAUAACCCUAAUGUGAACCAAAAGCAUUUGAGUGAUAUAUUAAUUUUAGUGUUUCUGAAACAAUUUAAUAACAUUAAGAAUCUGUUAAAAAAUAAAGAUUGUUUUAUUUGUAUAGUUACAUAAUGUACUGUUAGAUACAAUAAUUGUCAAUAUUUUAUAUAGCACUAAGUGUUAAUGUUUGUUGUGAAUUUUUAAAUAAAUAUUUUUAGGAUAUUAAAUUUGUGUUUUAAGUAAUUGUAAUUAUCACUGAGUUAUGGAAUAUCAAUUGUCCAAAAAAAUUAAUAAUUUUAAAUUAUCAUACUUCUCAAAAUUCUUUCAAAUUAGUAAUCUAUUGUUAGUAAUUAUUUUAUUGUUUUGAACUUUUAUUUAACAGACUUUUCUCUAAAAUUUAAUACUACUCAAAUGGUUUGUCAAAUGUUAAACGUGUUAAUUAUGUUAAAUUAUAUUUAUUACAGUAAUGUUGAUUAAUAAU